UUGUCAGAGACAACUAGAAGUACUGUAAACAGCGCCCACUAUGGAAGCGUUCGUGUCCGUGGCAGGUCAUUGCUAAUGGGUUGAAAAAAGCGUCCUCCUACAGCAGGAUGUUUAAUGUGGCUGACCAAGCAAACUAACUGAACUUCAUUCACUUAAAGUUCACUAUUGUGCCAAUACAGCAAUAAAAUGAGCUGUCACCCGGACGGGCUGGGCCCCGGCUGGAAAGUGUGGCGGCGACGGCGGUUCGUGCUGGUGCUGGCGGUCUUCUUCGGCCAGGUGGUCAAGAUGAUCCUGAGGGUCAACAUGAGCAUCGCCGUGGUGGACAUGACCGAGGAGCGACCUGUGCCCUCGGACAACGGGACAACUGUCCAAGCGCGGGAGUUCGACUGGGACGCCGGCACGCGCGGCCUGCUGCUCAGCUCGUUCUUCUACGGCUUCCUGCUGACGCAGCUGGCGGGCGGAGUGCUCGCCACGCGGCUGGGGGCAGCGCGGCUCUUCGGCCUGGGCGUGCUCGUCGCGUCCGCCGUCACGCUGCUGUCGCCCGCCGCGGCGCGCGUCCACCUGCGCUGCCUGCUGGCCCUGCGCUUCUUCGAGGGGCUCUGCGAGGGUUUGCUUGGUCCAAGCGUGCAGCUACUAUGGGCUCGAUGGAUACCACUCCAGGAAAGAAACCGCGUGGUUGGGUUCUCUUUUUCUGGUAACUCGUGGGGCUACGUGGUUGGUUUCAGUUUGUCGAGCCUCAUUUCAGAGAAACUGGGAUGGCCUUCCAUAUUCUACUUUUCAGGUGCUGCUGGAAUAUUGUGGUUUGCUGUGUGGUGGGCCGUGGUGGAGGAAUAUCCAGAGAAUGACAGACAUGUUUCUCCACCGGAGCUGGCGUAUAUCAAACAAUCACUAGGCUCCUGGGAAAACCACUCAAAACAGGUGGCUCCCGUCCCGUACUGCAGGAUACUCGCGUCGCUGCCCGUGUGGGCGUUCGUGCUGCCGGCGAUGGCCGAGGCGUGGUUCACGCAGAACAUGAUCACUCAGCUGCCGGCCUUCCUCAGGGACGUGCUAAGGACGGACGUGCAGAACUUGGGGCUCUUGUCCUCGGUGCAGCAUGCCGUAAUGGUGGCAGUCCUGUACGCCUUGGCCCCGGUCGCAGACGCCUUGACCUCCAGGAACAUCCUCAGCAUCACCACGGUGCGCAAGCUGUACAUGUGUGGCUUCCUGGCGCUGGCGGGCGGCGCGAUGGCGCUGACCGGCUUCCUCCGCUCCAAGGCCGCCAUCAUCGCCAGCCUCUCCGUGGCCCAGAGCAGCGUGGCCCUCGUGUGGAACACCGUGCUCGUUAAUCAACUGGACCUUGCGCCCCAAUUCGCCAGCAUCUUGGCAUCCUUGCAGUACACCGGUGCGUCCGUCUGUGCUGUCAUGACGCCGGCUCUGACUGGCUUCCUCACACAGAACAAGACGGCAGAGGAAUGGCAGUUGGUGUUCUGCAUCUCCGCGGCGUUGAGCGUCGCUGCGGCCUGCUUCUACGCCGUGUUCGGCAGCGGGCAGCUCCAGCCGUGGGCCGGAGGCAGAGGUGAGAUACUUCACGCUAGCCCCGAACAAGUGGUCUUGCAGAGUGCUAAACCCUCGGAGGAACUGUUACCUAGCCCGUCACAACAAUGAAAACGCAAAAAUAUACAGAACUCAGAAACUAAAGAAUGUAUUUCCUCAUGGGUGCUCCACCACAUCAGUUCGGUCCCUAAGUGUACAUUUAGAGGAAACUUCUAAUUAUCUGUUUAAAAUUAUUAAUCUGUCAAAUGAAGUCUUUUUACUAUAGGCAAAUAUUUUUACAUUAUUUGCGUUGCCUUUAGAGAUAUAAUUAUUCCUAAGUGACUACAAGUAAGCCUAGUAACUGCAGAUAUGUUUUUAAACAACCGUUUUUUUUUCAUGAAUGUUUUCGCUUCAGCUUAGAUUUUAAUGUUCAAAGUAUGAACUUUAUUAUAUUUUUGAUUUUUGCUGUUUUAAUAAACCUUUAAUUUUGUGAAUUCAUUAUAAAAAAGCUGAGCUAUUAAAUUUUUCAAAUACUAUUCUUUUGCUAGAUGUUUAAAGUGGAUCAUGUUUUUCAUGAUAAGUCGUAAAAAUGUGUAAUAGAACUAAAAAGUUCCACUUUUCUUAACAAAUUUAUGAUAGCCCUUAUUUGUCAUUUGUACAGAACAUUGAAUUUUGUGUGAAUUUAAAGGAAUUUAAGAACUAUUUACACAAAUGUAAUGACCCAAUAAAAAUUUACAAAAUAUAAAA